AUGACAGAUUUAUUUGAAACAAAAGAACUCACACCAAAACAGAUCCAAAUCAUCCUUGGAUCAGUUCCAAUUUUAGAACAUAGUGGAGAUAUAUUAAUUGAAAAAUUCUAUAGUAAAUUUAUAAAAGGAAAUUCCCAAUAUUUUAAUAUGACUCAUAUGAAAUUAAAAAGACAACAUAAUGUUCUUAUAUUUGCAGUUAUUCAAUAUGCUAAAAAUAUUCAAGAUUUAACUCCAUUAUUAGGAUUUGUUACUAAAAUUGUAUCUAAACAUGUAGGAUUACAAGUUCCUGCAAAUUUAUAUCCUAUAGCUGGCGGAUGUUUAAUUGAAUCAAUGUUAGAAUUAAUUCCUUCAACCAUUGCAAAUAAUGAAUUUAUUGAAGCUUGGACUAUAGCUUAUGGAAAUUUAGCUAAAUUAUUAAUUGAUUUAGAAUCAACUUUUUAUAAAGAAAAACCAUGGCAAGGAUUUAAAAAAUUUAUAAUUACUAAAAUUGAACAAGAAUGUCAAGAUGUUAAAUCUAUUUAUUUCACUCCUGAAGAUGGUUGUUCAAUACCAAUACCUAAAAGAGGUCAAUAUUUAUCAAUUAGAUGGAAUUUACCAAAUUUAAAAGAAACUUCAAGAGAAUAUUCAAUUUCUGAAUUUCCUAAAAAUAAUCAAUAUAGAAUUUCAAUAAGAUAUAUACCAGGUGGGAAAAUAUCUACAUAUAUACAUAAAAAUUUACAAAUUGGUAAUGAAUUAUUUGUUUCUCCACCUAAUGGAUUAUUUACUUAUGAAAAAUCUAUGAAAAAGAAAAUUGUUUUAUUAGCUGGUGGAAUUGGUAUUACUGGUUUAUUACCUAUUCUUGAAGGAGCUUUAAUAGAUGGGAAAAAAGUUCAAUUAUUAUAUUCAAAUAGAACAAGUGAAUCAAGAGCUUUUGGUAAUCUUCUAAGACAAUAUCAAAAUGAAUAUAAUGAACAAUUGGAAAUUUGGGAAUAUUUUUCAAGAGCUUCUGCAAAUGAUCCAAUUGGAAAUUAUUAUUAUAAAAGAUCAUUAACAAUUCAAGAUUUGGAUUUUAUAACACCUGAUCAUGAUGUUUAUGUUAUUGGUCCUAGAAGUUAUAUGUCAAUGAUUAAAGAUUAUUUGAGUGAUAAAGACAUAAAUAUUAAAUUAGAUUAUUUCGGACCUCCACAGGUAUAA